CGAUCAACCAACUUGAUAAUAGUUGGCAUUCUCAAGGUAAACUACCUACCUUCUUCGCCAUCAUAGGUAGCAGUCAACGGCUGAAAAAACUUCCGAGAAAUUUUUCGAUUGCUGAGAAUCUACUAGUGAGUUUUCAGAAUUUAUUCGAUGCAUCAUCGCUAGAGUUGUUGCUGGUCCCCGGUUAGUGAACUUGAAAGUGAUGCAAAGGAUGGAAGGAUGCCGUGUUGUUUCAACUAAGCCGAGUGUAAUGUUAUGAAAUGUGUGCUGUUAUUGGCUCGUUCGGAGGCAGCAUGCUACUAAUUCAAUGAUAAUAACGCAUGAUAAAGUUGUCUUCCGCGGCGUUUAAAAAGUCAGUCGCUUUCGAGCAGUCCGUAUACGAACAUUGAUCAUUCAAUUUUUUAAGUGAAGUGAUUUCAUUCAAUUUAUAUGUUAACCGGCAAUGAGUGAAGUGAGCAGCAUCAAAUGCAAUUGAGUCGAUUAUUCGAUUUUAGUUUGAUUUACUUCAAUUCCGUGUUCAUGUUAUGAUUUUUCAUUCAUUCAAUAUUCUAUUUCACGAGUGAACUAUUCAUUGAAUUUUAGUUGAUUACGGUAGUGUUAGAUUUUUAGUGAUAUAAAACAGUAGUGUCUGCUGGUUGAGGGGUCUUCAUAAACAUUUUCGAAAAUGUUGACUUCUAUGGAUACCACCACCAUGCUGAUUAUCACAUUAGGGGCCACACUACUUAUCUACAUUAUGAAAUUGAUUAUAGAACGGAUAAACUACAUACGAAUUAUAGAUCGGAUUCCGGGACCCCCAGCUUACCCAAUUGUUGGAGAUUCUUUGGACGUCAUCAAACCAUCGAAUAAAGAGAGAUUCGAUUUUUUCAGUAAAAGGGCAAUGACAUAUUAUCCUAUGUUCCGAACUUGGAGAGGACCAUGGGCCGAAGUUCACUUGAUGCGGCCUGAACAUGUUGAGAUUAUAGCCAGCAGUGUAAGACACAUUGACAAAUCGUUUGGUUACAAAUUUCUACAUCCUUGGCUAGGAACUGGCUUGUUAACUAGCACAGGAAAUAAAUGGCACGAGCGCAGGAAACUACUCAGUCCAACAUUCCACUUUAAAAUCCUCGAAGACUUUGUAGAAGUAUUCUGUGACAAGAGCAAAAUAUUGGUGGAAUUGUUAGAUAAAAAAGCUGAUGGCAACGAAUUCGAUAUCUACCCGUUUCUCACACUUUGUGCUCUGGAUGUGAUAUGUGAAACAGCAAUGGGAACACCAGUCAAUGCUCAAAUGGAAUCUGAUUCACAAUAUAUCAAGGCAGUUUAUGAGAUCAGUAAAUUGACCAUUGAACGUGGAAUCAGACCAUGGCUACAUCCGAAUUUCAUUUUUCAACGGACAGAGUUUGGAAAAAAGUAUGAAAAUUGUCUCAGCAUACUCCAUGGCUUCACAAAAAAGGUGAUAAGUGAGAGGAGGUUAUUGAAAGAGCAGGAGGUAACUAAAACCCCGGAUAGUGAAGAUUUUGUUGCAUUUGGGCAAAAGAAACGGAAAGCUUUCUUGGAUUUACUGCUUGAUGUGUCGAGCGAUGGCAAAGUACUCUCUGAUGAUGAUAUAAGAGAAGAAGUUGAUACUUUUAUGUUUGAAGGUCAUGAUACAACUACUGCUGGAAUGGCGUGGACAUUAUUCCUUCUGGGAAAUGAAACUGGAAUUCAGGAAAAGGUGUUCCAAGAGCUUGACUCAAUAUUCGGUGACUCAGAUAGAUCUCCCACCAUGCAAGACCUUGGUGAAAUGAAAUAUUUGGAGAGAGUGAUCAAAGAAUCUCUAAGACUGUAUCCAAGUGUGCCUUUCAUUGGUCGACAGCUCAAAGAAGAUGUCAAGAUAGACAAAUUUUUGAUUCCUGCCAAUACAUUGGUCUUACUACACAUUUAUCAUCUGCAUAGAUGUGAAGAUCAAUUUCCGAAUCCAGAAGUAUUCGACCCUGACAACUUUCUUCCUGAAAGGACAGCAAAGCGGCACCCAUAUGCCUACUUGCCUUUCAGUGCUGGUCCAAGAAAUUGUAUAGGUCAAAAGUUUGCUCUACUAGAGGAAAAAACGAUCCUCUCAUCGAUUCUGAGGAAGUUUAGAAUUGAGGCUGUCGAAAAACAAAAGGACAUCAUACUUCUCAGUGAAUUGAUUCUGCGGCCAUUUUCUGGAGUACGAAUCAGAAUGCACCCAAGGAAGUGAAGAUCUCAACUUUUCUCAUUUAAGUGUUAUUAUCUUAUAAAAUAUUAUAGUAUUAUAGUUCAAUUUCUAACUGAACUUGCUCCAUUUAGAAAUAAAUAUUAUUGUAUACGCACCGUAUUUUUAAUAGAACGAAAUUAAAAUUA